AUGAAAAAGACGCAGUCGACCCCGAGAAAAGACGAAGAGAGCCCGAGAAAUGACGAAGCGACCCCGAGAAAAGACGCAGAGACCGCCAACAAAACGAGCCACCCCGAGAAAAGACCACUGACCCGCAAAAAGACGCAGCGACCCCGAGUAAAAGACGCAGAACCCGAGAAAAUACGAAGGACCAGGAGAAAAGACGCAGCGACCCCGAAAAAACGCAGCGACCCCAAGAAAAGACGCAACGACCCCGAGGAAAGACGCAGCGACCCGAGACAAGACGCAGCGACCCCAGAAAAGACGCAGAGACCCCAGAAAAGACGAAGCGACCCGAGAAAGACGCAGCGACCCCUAUAA